AUGCUUAGCGAUAUCGUUGAAAAGGACUCCACGUCCACGGCGAAAGCACCCGCGCCGCCAACAGCGCCCACUAAAGGAUUUCCAACGCCUAAAAUCAGGAGUAAAUUCCAAUCGAGCAAGCAGAAAGCCGAUGAAGCUGCACCCAGCACUUCUGCCACUGCAACGGCAACAACGGCAGCAUCGUCGACGGGAGAUAGUUCUAUAGACUCCGAGAACAGAAAUGUUAUAUCGAAGAUGUCACAACAGGAGAUUUCACACGAGCAAGCAGAUAUCGAAGAGAAGCUGGGACCAAAGAUGGUAGAAUUUCUGCGCAAGAGAGCGCAGAAGAGCGGCUCUGGAGAUGUGCAAGAUAACGACGCCAACGAGCAGCCAUUACAGACGCCAGGCCAUGACGACAAGAAUGAGCUUAAAGAAGGUGCAGCGCAAGUGCAGCGCAAAUCAGUCAGGAUUCAGACUACAUCUCCACCUGAAGAAAGGCAAGAAGACCCCACACAGCGCCUUAUUCGCGAAAAGUACUUUCCAGACGCCGAGUACAAUGAAGAUCAACAUUCCUGGCUCACAUCCCUCCCACCACCAUCAUCAGAAACAAAGAAAGACGCGCUUAGAUUUGACUUUAGUGGUGACAUAAUGCCACAAGACACGCAAGCAUAUCUAGAAGGAAUGCAUCAUCAUGGCCGCGAUCAAGGCUCACCUGGUUACACUGUCGACGAGUUUUUAAUUUUAUGCGGAAGCAUCAACAUCUCACAACGCAUCCUAGCAUUGCGUUCGCUCUCUCAUGUGCUUUUGAAAUGGUACAAGCAGGAAUAUCCAGAAAACGCUGCUGAGAAGCUGAACUAUGUACAACUAGGCAAGGCAGUUCUUGCACUUAGAUUUGCAAUGAAUGACACCAACAGAAGCAUAGUAGUUGCUGGUUUGUCUGGCAUAGCAAGUAUUUUUUUACAACAUUUGCGACUAGAUCGUGUGCUUUAUGACACCUUCACAUACGCAGAAUGCGCUUCACCCGUACUCAAGGUAUACUCUGGACAACUCACCCUUAAGCCUGAAGAAAUGCGCGAAUUGCUCUCGUCGCCCCUCGCCUUCCUCACUUUCAGGACAGACUUGGUGGACACCCUUAAUGAUCUACUCAAGGGCAAUGCUGUCAUAUCUGACGACAGCAAUGAAUUGAAAAAAGUGUCCAGCAUCGUGUAUGCACUGUCUAGACACUCCAUCAAGACCGCCAGCGAAUGCGUAAAUACACCUCUAUUUUUAGAAAGGUUUGUACGUAUAUUCAUCGAAAAGCCUUGGCCAAGUGAAGAUCAGCCCGACUCCCUCGCUAUUGCUGCUUUGAGAUGUAUUGCCUCAACAUCCCGGUCCAAUGCUCACGCAGUCAAGAGUGAGAAAGUCGUAGAUGUCGCCAGUCGCUACCUCACUAUACUUCCAUUCAACAGCAGUCGAAAAGACUCGUGGUUUUUGGCCAUAGAGACGCUCAAGCUGAUGCAGACAUUGGCCAUGUAUGGCUUUGUGCAAGGCGUGGCUGUAAUUGAGACGAUUGGUGUGGAUUGCGCGAAGUGGUUGAGCAACAAAGAAACAAGCUCUUCAAAUAAUAGUACCAACUUUGUCUCUUCUCUGUUCAACGUGCUUAGGAUGUGGACCAUUUGCGCUAUCGAUCCUCAUCAUACUACACCCCACCAUGUCAUCGUAUGGACACAGGUGGAAAGUAUGAUUGACUUUGCUUUAGCAGGCCUUUGUGGUGUGCAAGAUGAGCUCUCUUUGUCAACCAUCUGGGCCUAUAUCAGUGUCUGGCUGAGAGGUAACAAAGGUAUCACGGAUAAGAGAGGCUGGUUGGAAGAGCAUGUAGAUGUCCAAUCUGUCAGGAAUGUUGCUGAUAUCCAAUCACGAGUGGCUGCAGAUUCGAUCUUAUCAUGUACACUGAUGAAGGAAGAUUGCCAAACAGCCGCAAAGGCACUUAACAUUGUCAAUUCAGCUGCUCAGUUAAUUUCUUAUUGCGGUAAUUAUUCACUAUCCGAAGAUUUACAGGAUGUUCUACUAGUCAACAUUUCGAAGGCUGACACAGUGACAUAUAAUUACUGGAGAUCUGGAUUGGAUCUGGUCGGCAGACAUUUAAUACAGUCAGAGAUCAGCGACAUCAAGUUGAGGUCAGCACUGCGCUUACUUAGUGUGCUAAGAGAGGGUGAUGAGAAUAUCAUGAUUGCAGUUUUCACACAUGUUCUCAAAGACACACCAAUACCAAUGAUUUCCUCAAUAACGUACUUCCCAGAACGUGAAGUUGAAGCUGCAAAGCUGACAACAGUUCCGCUGCUGCUUGAAAGUGCAAAGCUUAUGCUUGUUGAUGGAAUAUAUGCAGGCGUGUCGGUGCAGAGUCAGGAUCUGUCUCAAAUCUCAACUCUUACUAUUCCUCAUGAUACGAAUACUCUGUUGUACGACAAAUGGGCACUCAAGAUGACUUUGGAUGAGCUUUCACGAUCGGCUGACAGCGAAGCGCUCAAAAAUUUGCCUGUAGAUUGGAAUUAUAGCGAGGUCGACUUGGUCAUGGGUGGCUUGACGCUGCAGGAAAUGGUGGAUAGAGUGUUGCCUUCGUCCAGCAGUGCGCUAUUGCUCCAACUUAUGCGCAUCUUUCUACUCGAGUUGGGAGUCGAAGGCGGCGAGGUGUUUAGAAAUCAGCGCGUACAAAUAGCCUUAAAAAUGGUGUUGCACAGAGCUUUGUCGGGGUUGGAGGAAGAAUCGGAAACGUUGGAGGAUGUGCAGGAGGAAGCCAAGGCUGGUGUACCUUUCUACCAGCUUUUCACCGAUUACGUGGGUCUGUUCGAGUCGAUAUCGUUGGGAGAUGCAAACACAGCCACAAUGCUCUUUCCUCCGCUGCAUCUCGCCGACGACUACAGAAGACUCUUAUGGGUCGAUCACGCCAACUGUCUGAAGAGCAUUAGGCUGACAUGGACAGACUUCCCAAAGUGGUUUGUAGGCAAGCUUCUCUACCCGAUCGAGCACAACAAGGAUGUGGUGAAAGCUUAUGCAAGGGCUAUUUCAUCUAGGUCGCUUUCGUUGGAUAUGCAGCCGCUUUUGUUUUGGAUUGCACUUCAUCAUUCUGCGUUGACCUUGUGGAACACACAGGACGAAACUCUGAAGCGUGAUUUAAUGGUCUCUCUUCUAUCUUCACAUCCAGAUGUGGCCAUAGUUGUUUUGCGUUACGGUAAUAGUGAAAAAGGACUCAAACUACCAAAUGAAGCCAACGCAAGCGAGCAGGAAGUGCAGAGGAGGUUGGUUAUGUUGAAAGACAGUAACGAGAAGUUGCUGAGUGAUAAGCUGGGUGCAUUAUCAACCUUUGUAUAG